AGGAAUCUAAGGGUACUGUUCCCCCCCGGCAAUUACGCCCACAAGACAUAGCAAUGGCAUCUCGGGUCCCUCUCACCCUCAACUUCGCUUGCGUGAUCUGCAUGGAACGCAAGCAGACCUCCUCCGCCAGCCCAGCGAUCUCGCCAUCUUGCUCUCACCCGUCCAACAUCUGCAAGCCCUGUCUCCAAACGUACAUCGAGGUCGCCCUCUCCUCCAAAUCCACCGCCAUGGCCUCUCCACCACUGAAGUGCCCCCAAUGCCCCAACGAGAUCACCCUCGCUUACGUCCAAGAGACAUUUCCUACCCUCGCGCCCACAUACUCUGAUAGCCUCCUACAAAGGUACCUCCACUCGAUACCGGAAUACCGACCCUGCCAAAAACCCUCCUGCCCUGGCGGCCAACUCCACUCGAGCAGGGACAAGCAGCCAAUAGUAACUUGUCUGAUGUGCUCUGCAAAGUCGUGCUUCACAUGCCGCAUCCCUUGGCACCCAUCGCGAACAUGCGCGGAGGUGAAGAGUGAACACGGGGAGAACGAGAAGCUUUUGGGAAAGUUGGCGAAGUCAUGUCCCGGAUGUGGGGUAAUGGUUGAAAAGGCGAAUGGAUGCGAUCAUUUGAAGUGUAGGUGUAAUUGUGAGUGGUGUUGGGAAUGUCGGGCGAAUUAUGUGAUCAUUAGAGCCGUAGGGAAUGAAGGGCACGGGAAGACAUGUCCGCAUUGGAGGGGGCCCGCUGGAGAGGUGGCGGUGGCGCCGCUCGUGGAGUUGAUGAGACCGAGGCAGCUCACGGUUCCGGUGCCCGCGACGGACCAGUUGCUCCCAGAGGCAGUAGUGCGGCCCGUGGAGGCAAGGAGACCGAGGCAGUCCACAGUUCCGGUGCCCGCGACGGAACAAUUGCUCCCAGAGGUGGUGGUGCGGCGUGUGGAGGCAGGGAGACCGAGGCAGUCCACAGUUCCGCGGGGCUUGUUGCUCCCAGAGACGGUGGUGCGGUCCGCGGAGGAAAGAAGAUUGAGGUUGUUCGCAGUUCCGGAGCGUGCGGCGGAUUUGCCGACCCCCAAGGCGGUCAAGGAGCCAAGAAAGAAGGUUGGGGCCCCGAGCGUGCAGCAGGGAGUGCAGAACAUUCACUUUGCACCUGGGGGCUCUUCACCGGGGGCUACAGGUCGUACUCUACCAGAGAUUAGACACCAGGUGCGACGAUUAUAGGAACCAAUAUCCGAGCAUGAGGUUAUGAAUAUUCUGUUAUGCUGCACUGAAGUUGCAUGUUUGCACUCCAUUGUGUUAUACCCCGUUCCCUGCUUUCUUCCCUCGAUUCCCGGAGCUGGAACGCCCGGCGCUUCCAGGAUCCCCCCUUAUCAUUCGAUAAAUCUCCCUCCUCCUCUCACUUUCCUUCCGAUUCUUCUUCCAUUGGGGUUUGCUUUAGUGACCGGCGGCACGUGUCACCGCAAGGACUUGGGGCAAUGAAUUGAUAUCAUUACCUCGCUACCAGCCGACGAGUGUCUUGAUGCUCAACUGGUUGCGAGGGCGUCAGUGAAUCCCUGUUUUGUGUUAAAGUGAAUCAUGGAGAACAUACUCCACAUCUAAUUUCCUUUGUUUUAUUAAAAGCUUAUGGAUUUUUCACUGGAACUCCUGCAGUGAGGAGAGGUCGUUAUCGUGGUGUUGACUUUCUCUCCUUUGGUCUAUGUUUUCCGCAAUGCUCAGCAAUAAAGGUGGUCAUUUUCUCUCU